GACGUGAAAAGGGGGGAAGAAGAAGAAGAGAAAACAGCAACGGGGCGGCGGCAACAACGAAUCAACAACUAGGCAGCGUUGUUAUUCUGUUCUACGGAAAAUCCGGGCCCUUAUCACAAGCGAGAACCUAGGCGAAUCUGCCGGGGCGAACGAUGUGCGGGUUGGACGUGAGACGCUUCUGUGAGGAUUGGCGGAUCUGGAUACGGCCGCUGCUGAUCGUUACCUAUGGCAUUUUCGCCAUUAUUGUUGUGCCUCUGCUGAUUGUAAAUUCGGUGAAGGAUGGCUUCCAGCGCAACGACCAGCUCAUCCUCAUCGGUGGCCUGUUCGUGCUGGCCGCUGUGCCCGUGUCGAUAUGGCAUAUUAUCCAACACGUCAUCCAUUUCACGAAGCCGAUUCUGCAAAAGCACAUAAUUCGCAUACUGUGGAUGGUGCCCAUUUACGCCCUGAACGCGUGGAUCGGCCUCUUCUUUCCAAAGCAUUCGAUUUACGUGGACUCGUUGCGCGAAUGCUACGAGGCGUACGUGAUCUACAAUUUCAUGGUGUACCUGCUCAAUUACUUGAAUCUCAACAUGGACCUGGAAGCCACCAUGGAGUACAAGCCGCAGGUGCAGCACUUCUUUCCGCUCUGCUGCAUGCGACCGUGGGUGAUGGGGCGUGAGUUCAUCCACAACUGCAAGCACGGAAUCCUCCAAUACACGGUGGUGCGACCAAUCACCACCUUUAUCUCUGUCAUCUGUGAGCUGUGCGGCGUCUAUGGCGAGGGCGAAUUUGCCGGUAACGUGGCCUUCCCCUACAUUGUGGUCGUGAACAACAUCUCCCAGUUUGUGGCCAUGUACUGCCUGGUGCUAUUCUACCGUGCCAACAAGGAGGACCUCAAGCCUAUGAAGCCCAUUCCCAAGUUCCUCUGUAUCAAGGCUGUGGUGUUCUUUUCCUUUUUCCAAGGAGUGCUGCUCAAUGUGCUGGUGUACUACAAUAUAAUUAAGGACAUUUUCGGAUCGGAUGUGGGCGAUACGAAUCUGGCGUCUUUGCUACAGAACUUCCUCAUCUGCAUCGAGAUGUUCAUCGCCGCCGUGGCUCAUAUCUAUAGCUUCCCGCAUCAUCCGUUCCACAUCAAUUCGCCGCAGUACUGGAAUAAUCCGAACCAUAGCUGGUGUCGUGCCUUCCUUUCCAUGAUGGACAUAUCCGACAUGCAAGAGGACGUCACCGAGCACCUGGGAGUUGUGAGCAGUUCACUUAGUCGACGCUUUCAAGGACGCAGCACGUAUCAGCCGCUGGCGCGUAGUCCUCGUCGCUCUAGCAGCGAAUCGGAGUAUCUCAUAAGCAAGCGGCAGGAUCAGCAAUUGUCGGGCAGCUCGUCGCAGUCAGCAGGCUUGCCGCCCGAUGAUAUGAUCAGUAGUAGCAAUAGCAACAACUACCAACAACAACAACUACACCUGCCGGGAGCGGCGGGAACCCAGCCGUCAACGCGUCAGCGUGAAACGCUGCAUCUACGUGAGCGUGAAAGGGAGAGGGAUCUGGGUGCUGGUGUAGGUGGCAAUAGUAGCUUCCUGCGCCUGGCGCCCGGUGCCGGAGCCGCUUCGGCCGCCGCUCCUAUUCCCGAGUCCAAUGACGACUAUGCCAUGCUGCUGGGUGGCGGCGCAGGCAGGUGACACCGCUACCAGCAAUAUCAUUAUCAGCAACAUCACCAACACCCGCACAUUGACGACGCGUUCGAGGAUGAGG